UUUUGAGCUGGUAAGGUUUAUUUGUGUAAGUCAAAUAAUAAGAGUAUCGUUAGAAAAUUUUUUGGGGUGUGUUUGGAGAAGUAGGCCUAACAAUAAGAGACUUGACCGAGUGAGAAGGAAAAUCUUGUGUGUGGAAUAUGAGCAAGCUGCUGUUAAAGUAAAUGGAAAGAGAACAAACAUCUGUGGCUUAUCAAAUGCUGAAACAACAAGAGGAUGGGGAUUCUUCUCCAACCCCUACUGCCUCAUUGAUGGUGCCUCCACAGGGUAUUCCUCCUCCUGCAUAUGAUGAGCUUGUAGCAGAAGGAGCUAUAGGUGGACACUCAGAAGAGGCUAGUAAUUACACAAAUGAAGAUGGCAAUAUCAAUCAAUUGAGUUCACCCAAAGGUCAAAACACAGUACCAGUGCCUCCUCCAUAUGAUGCAGCUGAUGCAGAACUCCCUACUUAUGAAGAAGUCCAGAGAUCAAAAAUUUUGGAAGGGGGUGAAGAUCAAAGACAGGGUGAGGAUGUUAAUUCACUGUGGUCUCAUGGUGAAGAAAUUCUUGGAACAGACUUCUUAUUCUUCACUUCAUUUUUUGUUGCGUUCCUGUUCAACUGGGUGGGAUUUCUUCUUCUGGUUUGUUUCUGCCACACAUUGGCUGGGCGGUAUGGAGCCCUAGCUGGAUUUGGGCUGUCCUUAGCCAAGUGGACCCUCAUUGUGAAGCACUCUACUGAUUUGGUGAGUUCAGAAAAUGAAUGGCUGUGGUGGAUCAUAAUGGCCUUUGGUAUCGUGAUCUGUGCUCGCUCUUGUCUGCAGUAUGUUCAAGUUAAGCGUGAAUGGAGACUUCUUAAUCCCCUGCGUCGUGAAAGGCUGUAUUUUUUCUACUAGUUUUGUUUCUUAUUUUAUGCUAAACACACUCGAGGCAAUGAUAGCUUUGAAAAUUAGCUGAAGCUCAUGCAUAUGUAUGACGAUUUUCUUGCUGUGUAUCCAAGGCUUAUUAUGCAGACUGAAGAAUUUACUUGUGUGUUGAAGUUUUUGUACAUACAAGAUAAACAAAAUUUGCACAGUGCUUUAGUAUAUACAUAUAUAAAUAUUGCAGCAAGUCUUAUCUUUGAUAUAAACACUGCAUUUUUAUUUACCAUUUAUAUAUAUAUAUAUUUAUGUUCACAAUGUAAUGUAAUUUUUUGGAAUUUAGUCAGUAUAUGAAAUAAUUUUAAAUCUAAUUUUUUUCCAGUUACGUAUUAAAUGAAAGUGAAAUGAUGUUAAUGCUGUGAAUGUUUUUUGUUUCAGAUGCACUAACAUGAAAAUUUUUCUCUUAACUGUACCAGUUAUGUACAUAUUAGCUGACUUGAGAUAAUUAUAUUACAUGAAUACUUAUGUAUAAAUUGUUUCUCACACAGUAUUCAGCAGAUAAAACUACUAUUACAUUCUUAGCUUUUUUUAGUGAUAAAAUUUUAAUAAAUAUGAUCUUAAAGCUUUUAUUCUUUUCCAAAUAAUAAUUUAUAUCUACACGAUUUUGUUGUGCAGCCACUUCACAUAUGUAGUUUAACACGAAAUGUGGUAAAGCUUCACACAGAACCAACAUGUCUAGGUGGUUCUGUGAACUCCUGUUAUUAAUACUCUGCUAUUGAAGAACUUCUGUCUAGUAAAACAUGUAAUCUUUAUACAUUUAUUUAAGUAGUAAGAAAUAAAACAGGAAGCUGUAAGUUUAGAACAAUUAGAUCUGCCUAUUUUUCAACAACCUACUAAGUACAGUAAAAUAACUUUUUGAUUAGUUUUAAUUUUAGCAUGUAAUGUAAAGUAUGACACCUAAUUUUUCUUCAAAAAAUUUAAAAAAGUUAUCCAUAUUUUCUGUUGAAGAAGUGAGUAUGGAAAAAGUUCUUGUGAGGCAUGAAAAUAGUAAAUAGGAUACAGACCUGUAUUCUGUAUCAUCUAAACUUAAUUUGUUAGAACAACGUUUCCCAAGUUCUAGACCAUAAGAAAUAGCAAAGUAACAUCACAGAUAUAUAAAAGUUGUAAGGUAUUUCAAUAAAAUAAAUAUAUGUGAUGUAACAGAACAAAAGAAAAUGGAAGGUACCAGUGAUUGCUCACUGGUAAAUAAUGUAACAUUCCUCUUUGGGAUUGAUUAUUCAGUGUGAAACAAGGACUAGUUUUUCAGUAACUGGUAAGAAAAUACUGAUAGUUUAACAUUGUGUAAACGUCAUAUUUCUUGUUAGUCUGCUGGAUUUAAAAUAUGGGCCUUGGACAGGCAAUAUAAGUACUGAGACUCAAUCUGAAGAAAAAAAAAAGGUUGAGAACCACUGGAAAUUAGGAAUGUAAGUUCAAAUCCUACUCUUUGUUCUUUGGAAAAAUGUACAUUAUAGAAAACUGUGUUGUCAGAAUUUCAUGCUAAUAAUAAUGAAGUCAUAGGGGGUAGUUGAGUAAAUUCUCCUAUUUAAGAAUUUUUGUUGUUUUUACACUCUUGACAUUACACUGCAUUGUUAAAGGUAAUAGUAAUUUUGCAAAAUUUUCUUACUAUGAGUAAUUAUUUAAUAAAUAAAAGAACUAAAACAUCAAUUAUAAAUUCAUUUAUUUAGGACUAGGUCUGUUUUUAACAGAAAUAAAGUGAAGUUUAUUGCACCGAGGUUUGGUCAAGAUUUUAGUUUUGUUCUUAUACAAUGAAAAGUAUUUUUUUUAUAGCAAAAACAUAAAUGUUAAAUAAUUAGGUUUAUUGUAAUUUAGUGCAAAAUAUUAAACAAGUGAAAUUCUAAAAGUCAUUAUUUGUGAAAUGUAUUUUUUUUUUUUUGUAAAUGGUUUACUUAGCAAUAGUAAAAUACUUGUAAGGAUUAGGCCAUGGUUAGUUGGUUAGAUUCAGGAAAUAUAUGUUUUAAGUAUAUAUUAUAUGACAGAUUUAAAAUUUUUUUUCAUACUAACACAACUAAGAUUUAACAACUGACUGUAAAUAAAAGCUUGUCCAAAAAAAGUGAAUUAUUUUGGCUGCUGUUUUGCGACAAAUGACAUUUAUAAAACAUGGAAUACCUUUUGUUGAAA